AUCCUGGUCGGCAGGGUGGGGUUUCUUGGCAUUCCUCAGGCCGGGGGAUGCGACGUCUGGGUGUGGAGGUGAUGAGCUAGGGGUUCUGUGGCACUCCGGCUCUGCUCAGGGCGACCUGCGUAGGGGCCUCUGGGGCAGGCCCGCUUUCUGUCAAAAUGGCAGCGCCCAGCGUGCGCGGGUAUCUCUGAAGUUGGGGUUUAAGAUUCUUGCCCGUGAGAGCGAACGAGCCUGCCGUGCUUCUGAUUUUGAAACACCUGGGACUGGGUUUCCCGGGCGAGCGGUGGAACCUGUGAGAAGUUUCUACAAUGGUGGGCUCAGCUCUCAGGAGAGGUGCCCGUGCAUAUGUCUACCUGGUGAGUAAGGCCAGUCACAUCUCCAGAGGCCAUCAGCACCAGGCCUGGGGAUCGAGGCCUCCUGCAGCAGAGUGUGCCACCCAAAGAGCCCCAGGCAGUGUGGUGGAGCUGCUGGGCAAAUCCUACCCUCAGGACGACCACAGCAACCUCACCCGGAAGGUCCUCACCAGAGUUGGCAGGAACCUGCACAACCAGCAGCAUCACCCUCUGUGGCUGAUCAAGGAGAGGGUGAAGGAGCACUUCUACAAGCAGUAUGUGGGCCGCUUUGGGACCCCGUUGUUCUCGGUCUACGACAACCUUUCUCCAGUGGUCACAACCUGGCAGAACUUUGACAGCCUGCUCAUCCGAGCUGAUCACCCCAGCAGGAAGAAGGGGGACAACUAUUACCUGAAUCGGACUCACAUGCUGAGAGCGCACACGUCUGCACACCAGUGGGACUUGCUGCACGCGGGACUGGAUGCCUUCCUGGUGGUGGGUGAUGUCUACAGGCGUGACCAGAUCGACUCCCAGCACUACCCUAUUUUCCACCAGCUGGAGGCCGUGCGGCUCUUCUCCAAGCAUGAGUUAUUUGCUGGUAUAAAGGAUGGAGAAAGCCUGCAGCUCUUUGAACAAAGUUCUCGCUCUGCGCAUAAACAAGAGACACACACCAUGGAGGCCGUGAAGCUUGUAGAGUUUGAUCUUAAGCAAACGCUUACCAGGCUCAUGACACAUCUUUUUGGAGAUGAACUGGAGAUAAGAUGGGUAGACUGCUACUUCCCUUUUACACAUCCUUCCUUUGAGAUGGAGAUCAACUUUCAUGGAGAAUGGCUGGAAGUUCUUGGCUGCGGGGUGAUGGAACAGCAACUGGUCAAUUCAGCUGGUGCUCAAGACCGAAUCGGCUGGGCUUUUGGCCUAGGAUUAGAAAGGCUAGCCAUGAUCCUCUACGACAUCCCUGAUAUCCGUCUCUUCUGGUGUGAGGACGAGCGCUUCCUGAAGCAGUUCUGUGUAUCCAACAUUAAUCAGAAGGUGAAGUUUCAGCCUCUUAGCAAAUAUCCGGCUGUGAUCAAUGAUAUUUCAUUCUGGUUGCCCUCUGAGAAUUACGCAGAAAAUGAUUUCUAUGACUUAGUCCGAACAAUUGGAGGAGACCUGGUGGAAAAGGUUGAUCUCAUAGACAAGUUUGUACAUCCAAAAAAACCCUCACCAGAUCUGCCCCCUCACCACUAAUCCUGGAGCAGCCUGAUGACUUAUGGGGAAUCCAUUGCUUAGCUUUUAUGUAGGGAGGAAGAGAUGAAUGACUGCCUCCCAAAGCGUGGCUGCUGAGCAGGAUAUUAAUGGGCAAGGCGGCUAAUGCGUUUGCAUUGUUCUGCAGAAGUUUUGCGCUGCUUUGGGGAAUCAUUUAUCCUUAGCAGUUGCAAGGUGGCCUGUUUUCAAGUAAACCUACAGUAAAAAUCUAGUUAUCUAUUGCCAUGUAACAAACUGCCUCAAAACUUUGUGACAUAAAGCACUGAUUUUAUUGUGCUCACGUGUCCUUGUCUCCAUUCUGUGAUGCUGGGGCCUUGUCUGGGAAGACUCGAAGACUGGGAGUGACUGCUUGGCUAGGCUGGGAUGAGGCAUCUUUACACAUCUGGCACUGGACGCUGGCUGUCUGCUGGGACUUGCUGGGGUGAUGGCUGGAGAACAUUUCACCUCUCCAAGCGGCCUGGCCUUCCUCACUGCAGUGUCUUCUGAAUUGUUAGCUUCCUUAUAUGGUAGCAAGUGUGCAAGUCAGCAGGUGGAAGCUCCGCUAUCUUUGUCACCUAGCCUCAGAAGUCACAUAGCAUCAUUUCCACCGCCCUCUACUAGCGGGAGCAGUCGUAAAAGCCCACCCAUUUUCAAGGCAAGAGGUCAUAGCCUGCGCCUCUCAAAGGGAGGAUUGUCAAAGCCGCACUGGAAGAUCAUGUAAGCUGGAUGAUAGCAUUGCUGCUGUAUUUGAGAGAUUGUGCUGUGCUCUAUGUAGAGGUUUCUGUAGGAAAUAAACAAGUUGAGUUCUCUGGUGAAAACACAUCUGAAAACAUGUUAAUAGGAAUAUAGCUAAUCCUUAGCAUUUCUUAUAGUAGCUAAGGUCAGUGUAUGCUAGGCCUGGUACCUGGGCAGCAGUCUUGAUGCUAAGUUAACAACAGGUAGCCAACAGGAGCGUUUUCUAGCUAUUUGGAAAUUGAAAUUCAACCAAAAAAGCUACUGCCGCUCUGAAUCAGUUACAUCAUGAUACCUUAGAUCUAGGCUACCUUUUUUCCUGAAUAAUAAAAGGUUACAUUGAUUAGAAAUUAUGGGGAAAGUAGAUUCCUUCAUAUAAGAAUUGGUUUAAAGUUUGACUCUGUUCUCUGUUAAAGUAAGCAGCUUUUUAAAUAAUUGAGUUCUUUGGAGGAAUUUUUAUAUUUUAUACAUUUUUUACCUAUUUAGCCAUGAUAAAUAGAAUCAGAUAAGAGACCGAGUGUGAAUAUUCAGCACGACCUUCAACCAAGUGUAUAUAUUUCUCUCUAUGUUCUAAAGGACUCAGCAAUGUGUAGUGCCUAUGAGUUCUCAUUUGAAAAAGGAGGACUCCUAUAUGGAAUGCCAUGUAACGGCCAGGUGCAGUGGCUCAUGCCUAUAAUCCCAGCCCUUUGGAGGCCUAGGCAGGAGGAUUGCUUCAGGCCGGGAGUUUGAGAUCAGCCUGGCAACAUAGUGAGAACCCCCCUACACCUCUACAAAAAAAAAAAUUAGCCAAACUUGGUGGCACGCACCUGUAGUCCUGGCCAUUGGGGAGGCUAAGGUGCGAGGAUCGUUUGAGCCCUGGAAGAGUUCAAGGCCGCAGUGAGCUAUGCUCACACUAUUGCACUACAGCCUGGGUAAUAGAGCAAGACCCCAUCUCUAAAAGAAAAAAACAGAUAUAUAUAAAUGCCAUGUAAGCUUUUACACUUGUAUUUCUUGUCUCAAUUCUGGUUUUUUCUUGAGCAAUUUCUUCUUUUCAUUCUCAUGAAGGUUAAGCUGUUGACGCUGUGCUUACCCACAAACUGUGUAUCCACGUAGCCUUCACUGCCAUUUGUCCUGAGCCUUUUCAAGAAGCAUAAAUCCUAGAAUGAUCAAAACAUCUCUUAGAUCCCAGAGUGACUUAAGAACCAUGCUAGGAAUUAAUCCUGCUUCCUAGGAAGUUACACAACAGCAGCAUUUGUGGCAGUGCCACAGCAAGCCAGGGACUGGCCCACGGGCGGUACGCUGUCGUUCCCAGUGCUUUCUCUGCCUUCCAGAGAAACAGGAAUUUGCCACAUGUCUGUGACUCAUUUGCUGGAGCUGUUAAGUGGUGAUGGUGUUUAAAAUCUCAGGGAAGUAAAGCCACCAUUUACUGAACACUUCCUGUGUGCCGUGCACUCAGUUGUAACCACAUUAUUUUAUUUGGUCUUGACGAGAAUCCUUUAAAGGGGCUUUUAUUAUCCCAAUUUUACAGAUGAGGAAAUUGAAGUUCUGGGAGGAUGAGUAACUUGUAGAAGGUCACACCGUAUAUAAGGAAUGGACCCAGCCUCUCCAACUACUCUCAGCUGAUUAUAGAGAUUAAAUUAGAAGCAGUUCUUCCUUUCUUGGAAAAGUAAACCUAAUGGGGAACUCAGAAGCCAUAAAGGAAAAGAGUGAUUAAUUUAGCCACGUAAACAGUUAAGGCUUCUGCUCAACAAACCGCACCAAAAAAUUGGAUCAGGAAUGUAUAACAAACUAGUGGGUGGGGAAGGAGACUGCCAGGCUGUGAUAAAAGGCCAAUUUUUAAAACAUAACAAAAAACUCUUUAACAGUCAGUGAGCACGAGACAUACAGACUGCUGUGAACAUAGGACAGGAUGCUCAGCCUCACUCAUGAUUAGAGAAAUACAAAUUAUUUGCUGCAAAUGACAUUUUCAGCUGUAGGUUUGACAAAGAUUUUAGAAGUGGAUAAUGUUCAGUGCUGUCAAGCAUGCAGGACAACAGGUACCCUCCAUCUACAUUGUCUGUGGACAUGCAAAUCGGUACAACUCUAUAUUAAAACUGAAAAUACACACUCUUUGACUCAGCAUUUAUUUAUUCCACAAAUAUUUUAAUAUAGGUAUUCAAAGAUACGGGUACUGCAAUAUUCAUGGCAAUGCCAGAAACUUCAUCAAUAGAAGACUGAUUAAAUAAAUUGUAGAAUGUUUGUACUAGCAAACACUAGUAGCCAUUAUUAUUUUUUAUUUGAAUCUUGUUUUAUAUUUUAGCACUUUAUACAGCUUGUCUCAUUAAGUAUCACCCAGCUAAGUUUUUUUUAUAGGGCAUGGCACAUAUAUUUUGUUUUGUUUCCUUAUAUUUUUGCUCUGGAUCUCAUGUGUAGCCAGUAGAGAUAUGAAAUUAAAUAUUCCACAAUAGGUAUGGCCCCUCAAGUAGCCAUUAUAAAAUAUUCUAUACACCAUUAAGUAAAGAAAACAAAGAUGUAUUGAAAGAACUAAGGUAUAAAAUAUUCUAUAAAUUAUUCCAUUUUUUGUUUGUAUGAACAUGUAAGCCUUUGUGCAUAGGAAAUAUCUAUAAAGAUAGAAAGGAAAUCAUUAACAAUUAUCUACUGAGGACUGGAAUUGAGAGUAUUAUCUACUUUGCAGUUCAUACGCAUACAAUUUAAAUUUUUUACUAUGAACAUACAUCAUUUUUAUAAUAAAAUGCUCAUUUCUAAAAAUACAAUGUGGAAGACAUUCAUUUAUUAGGGCCCUGUUUGCAGGAAGCAGCAUAAGUAAAUCAUCCCAUGUUGACAGAUAAAACUUAUCCAACCAUAGAGAACAGAUGUCAGUGACUUAAUAAGCAGUAAAGAUAAUAAAAAUUUUAGCAAAACCAGCUAGAACCUCUUGGGAGUGAGUUUCUCUAGCUAGGUGAGUUCUUCAGCCUAGCAGAAAUAGGAGAAAAUAGUUUUUUUGGAAAGAUACUUUCUGAAAUAUUAUCCAAUUCCAUGUAUACGUUAAUACCUUUUUUUUUUUCUAUUUACAAAGUGACACAUUGAUUGUCAAAAUUUGGAAAAUACCAGUAAGCUCACAUGGGCUUUAUUUUUAACAGGCUACAAAUUUAAAUACAGAUAACAAUUGCAAGAUUAUGUCUAAGCAAAGAGAGCAAAUUGAUGGCCGAACUGAUGAUUGAUUAGAAUGACUUUUGUCUUUUUAAAAUUGAGUUAUAUAAGAGGUGAAGGAAACAGACCGAUGGCUGGAGAAUUUGACAACGUAUAAGAGAAUCUGAGAAUUCCUUUGAAAAACGCUCAGAUUUCCAGCCAAGAUAGAGUCACAUCCACCAUUGAAGGGAAUCUUAAGCCAUCAUUGCAUAAAACUUUGGAGAUGAAAGACUUCUAACUCCUUCAUUUUACAAAGAAAAAAUUGGGCUCUAAUUUUUUCAUUAAUUCAAUUUAAAAAUAACGAGUAUCCAAUGCAAUACUCUUUCCACUUCCUGAUCCUGUCUGAUGCAAGAAGAAUAUUUUUCUAGGACAUUCCUCAUUAUUGACUUGAGAAAUAAGUAUGGCUUUCAACAAACAAAGGCAAAAUCAUGAGAUAUAACUAAAAUUGAUGAUUCACCUUUGAAGUAGUUUCAGGUCAUUGUUUUAAUACCUUGUUCACACAGAACCUGUUUUGCAUUCAUUUGCAGACUUCAAAUAUCUCAUUUCAGGGUGAAGUUUAGCUGAGUGGCAUUAGAGCCCUGCGAACUCUCCUUGGUUGGGCAUGAAGUGAGAGGUCUGAAAAGAGUAUCAAGCCAAAUCCUCAACUUAAAAGCAACACUUGUUUUUUUAAUUUAAAAAAAAAUCCAAUAUUAUUUCAAUUUUCUUAGCAGCAGAUUGUGUCAUGCUCUUUAGUUAGAACUCAAUGUAGAAAAUGCAGCAUGGGUUGAAGUAGACAGCAGAAGUGAAAGCCAAAUAAUGAUGUCUGAUUCUCGCUCGCUGUGAUAUGGGAGGACAAGGGAAGAAAAGAUAAAGCACCACAGCCAGCAGCACUGAUUUAGGAAAUAUCUUACUCACAAGGUUUAUUAGACUCUUCUUGCACUGCUAUAAAGAAGUACCUGAGACUAAAUAAUUUAUAAAGACAGAGGUUUAGUUGACGGUUAGUUCUGCAGGCUGUACAGGAAGUAUCAUGCUGGCAUAUGCUCAGCUUCUAGGGAGGCCUCGGGAAGCUCACAAUCAUGGUGGAAGGCCGAGGGGCUGCAGGCACGUCACACGGCGAAAGCAGGAGCAAGUGAGAGAGAGUAGGGGGAGGGAGGUGCCACACGCACCAGAAUUCAUGAGAACUCACUGUUCCGAAGACGGCACUGCGCCAUGACGGAUCCACCCCCAGGAUCCAAACACCUCCCACCAGGCCCCACCUCCAGCAUUGGGGAUUAUAAUUCAGCAUGAGAUUUGGGCAGGGACAAGUAUCCAAACCAUAUCACAAGGAAAGCUUCAGGAGCUGAGGCAACCCUUCUAACAUGUGAGGUCUUGCCAAGUUUCACCAGUGGUCCUGGAGGUUAGGUGAGUUAUUAGGAUCAAGAUCUUCAAGCAGUGUCCCCCAUAUAAAUGGAAUCUGGGCAGUUCUCCAGCAGGCUCACCAGGCCUCAGAUCACCUCUGCCAGGCUCCUGUACCUGGCCCACAGGGUGUGGGUCCGGCUGAUUAGUGUAUCAGUCAGGAUCGCCCAGGCUUGUGUUGCAGUAACAAAUCACCUGAGAAUCUCUGUGAACUCACCCAACAGAAGUGUGUUUCUCACUCUGGCCAUGUGUGGGUGGGGUGCCCUCUGCAUCAUUCUCACACACAGAGCUGGUCUGUGGGGGAUCUGCUCUCUCGGUUGUUCCUGGGGCUGCUGGGCUGCAGGGAACGAAGCCACACCACCUGCGUGCCCUGCCAACUGCUAAGGGGCGGGCACAGGCAAUUCCCCCAUGUGCCUGGAAGCAGAGGGAAGGCACUGUGCUGUGCAGGUAACUCAGACUGCCGGGAAGGGCUGUAUAUCAAAGUAGACUACAGUUCACAGGGUCUUUGGGAUCCUGGUAGGGCCUUUUACAAGCCUACCCCAUAGCAACAGCCCCCUGUAGAGUGGCAUUGAAUGUGAUAGGGUUACUUCUCCACAGGGAGCCUGCUACCAGGAAUCAUUCAGACUUCUCAAGCCCUUCUCUUGUUCUCUCUCAUUAACUUCUUUAAUGGUCUCCUUCCUCAUUCCUUCCCCUUUAAGUCUACUUCUGCUAAGGGAUGCUUGAUUCCUCUUUGCACAGUUCAGCUUUGGUUACAUCAUUCCCUCACACAGAAAUGUUUGGAGGUUUCCCUUUCUCUACAGUUUUGCAACUCAAACUUGUCCAUAGACCAGCAGUAUCAACAUCAGCUGCAGUCUUGCUAAAAUGCAGCCUAUCAGGCCCCACCCCAGACCUGCAGAAUCAGGGUCUGCAUCUUAACAGGAUCACAGGAGAUUUUUUUUUUUUUUUUGAGGUGGCGUCUCACUCUGUCGUCCAGGCUGGAGUGCAGUGGUGCGAUCUCGGCUCACGGCAACCUCCGCCUGCCGGGUUCAAGCAAUUCUCCUGCCUCAGCCUCCCAAGUAACUGGGACUACAGGCACACACCACCAUGCCUGGCUAAGUUUUUGUAUUUUUAGUAGAGAUGUGGUUUCACCAUGCUGGCCAGGCUGGUCGAGAUUUCAUACAUUAAAGUUUGAAAAGCACUGAUGCCUAGUACUGGGUCUCAAAUUUGGCAGCACAGUUGAAUUAUCUGGAAGUCUUUAAAAACUGCCAAUUCCCAGUUUCCAGGUCUGGACUGUGGCCUUGCACCAAGAUCUUUUAAAGCUCUCAGGUGACUAUCAUGGGUGAGAAUUUGAGAACUCUGGAGUUUAGGAACUCAGGGGACACUCCCAACCACCUAUAGUGUGGCUCCCAAACCUUCCCUGUGCCGUCUUUCACUCUAACUAUAUCGACUGACCUCCAGUCCCCGAACGCUCUAUGCUUUUAUAUAAUGUGUUUUAGACUAUUAGCAGAAGUCACCAGGCAUUGUACAUGCCGCCUUCUCAUGACUGGAGAGGGCCUAGGAUGACUGCAUCUAAAUUUUUCAUUGAAAAUGCCACGGCUACAAGUCACGGAGACAUAAAUACAUGCAUUUACUCAAUUGUACAUUUAGUUUUCCUUAUUAGUAAAAUGUAAGGCUUUAUUCAUCCAGAUGACAGCUUACUGUGGUACUAUGUAUCUUUUUUUGUUUUAGUCUUAUUGAACGUCAAAAAUAUGAUGGGGAAUUGGAAGAAUAUGCUUGUUUCAUUGAGUUAACUUUGGGAGUUAUAAACUGAGGAGCGUUUAAAAAUAUAUAUAUCUCAGUAGCAGUGGCAAUUUCUUUUUUUUUUUUGAGAUGAAGUCUUGCGCUGUCACCCAGGCUGGAGUGCAAUGGCACAGUCUCAGCUCACUGCGACCUCCACCUCCCGGGUUCUCCUGCCUCAGCCUCCCAAGUAGCUGGGAAUACAGGUGCGCACCACCAUGUCUAGCUGAUUUUUGUAUUUUUAGUAGAGACGGGGUUUCACCAUGUUGGCCAGGCUGGUCUCGAACUCCGGACCUUGUGAUGCACCCGCCUCGGCCUCCCAAAGUGCUGGGAUUACAGGCGUGGCCACAACUGCUUUUCAUUACUCUCACUGCUUCACCUCCACCUGUGAUCAGUGACACACGUUUGAGAGACACCUGGCUUUGGAGACAGAAAUCAGGAUCCUUGACCUCUUUAUUACCUUUCCUAAUGGAAUGAGGUUGCACACGUGGGCCGCGCUCUGCUGCACACCAGCAGUUCAGGGAGUCCUGUCGUUUGGGGGAGCACUCCUCUGUCACUACAGCACCUAUUGUUGUAAAACCUUACCCACUAUUUUUUCCAAACGACCUCAGAUAAAUACUUUACUUGAUGUUUUUAUUCGCGCAAGGUGUUAAUUUCUAACAAGACUUUUAUGAGCACAGCAAGCAGCAGUUGCUUUUUCAUGUGAACAUUAAAUAAGACUCAAGGUAUGAAAAGCCUGCUGCAAAGGGUCCAGAAGGAUCUAUGGGAUUUGGUGGGCUGCAGCAGACAAAUGGCCUGCCAGUCUGUGACAAGUGUGCAGUCACCGUGGGCGCCAGCCUUGGGAGGCACAGUAUCCGCUAAGUCGUCGGGAUUACCGGGCUCUGCCCCUAGCAGCCCCCGGAGAGUUAGGGCCCCGUGUGCACAUCUCUGCAAAGGCUGUUGGUCAAACACAUGAAAAGCUGGUGUUAGUGGUGUCUGCCUGAGCCACCGUAAAUCACCUCUCCCUCUGGGCUGCCACUGCACCUUGCCUGUGCACAGCCUGGAGGCGUGGGGCGUGUGUCAUUGGGGGAAGCAUGCAGUUCAAGGUCCUGUUAUGUCCAUAUGAAUGUGAACGUGAAAGCAUUUCCUGGCGCCUCUGUGCUGGGCUAUUAUUGGGACCAAGGACUCACACACAACAGUGACAUCAUCCAGGCGCAGAAUAGAAGAUUGUACUGAAACGUCAGAAGCCAGAUACCAGGUUCUCUCUCACAAACAGUUGUUUUAAGUGCCAAUAUCAAGGCUUGACAGUGUUAGUGCUGGCAGGACUUUUGUUUUUCAUUAUCCCCAUCUUCAUCCCUAAACGAACAGUAGCAAUGCAGAGAAAUAGUCAUUAGAAUGAACUAAAUUAAGAGCAGGAAGCAGUUAACUUUAUGUCGACUCUAAGAUAAUGUUACUAAAUAAAAAGGCUAAUUGGAAUUCUCAGUAUUCUAAUAAGAACUUUUUAUUAGUAGGUUAUUUGUGCUUUAAUGGGCUGCUCGUGGCAUGUGGUUGAGUCGUGAUGCUUUUCAUUACUCAUUUUUAUUAACAUAUAUGGUAAAUAUUAAAAUAGAUCUCGGCAGCAAUAACAUAGGUAGAAAAUGAUGGGUGGCUUGUCAGAUGCAAAAUACAGCAGCAUACUUACAGAUGUGUUCUCAUGAUUUUCAAAUUUAUGUUGGCUAUUUUUUUAACUUUGUCAAGCCUUUCUCUGACUUCUGCUUUAUUGUACUGCUGUUCUUGACAUUCCUCCCUUUCCCAACCAGAUGGAAACUUUGGUGUGGCUUAUAGAAGGUGUCCCAAAAGCUAGGACUUUGACAGCCAAUGAUAUGUAUCUUUUUUAAAUAUUUCAUUCAGAGUAAGCAAAUGAGCAACAGCAAGGGGAAAACACAUUUUAGUAUUUUUCUCCCUGUUAGAUAUUGCUUGGUGCUUUUUAACUAGGAUAUCAGAAAGCGAAGUAUUUCAAAGUGUUCCUUUAGCAAACUAUAUAUGCUUAACCAGAUUUCUAGUAGCAUUUUUCUUCAGUGUUUAAAAAAGUGAACUUUUAACUUUUACUUUCUAUUCUUCUUAUCCUUCUAUAAGUGAUAUGUGUACUUUUGGCCCUGUUUAGAACAGAUAAAAUAUAACUUUAAUUUUUCUUGGAUAAUUAAAAUGUUUUUCUAAUGGGUUGUAAUCCAUAAUGUUUCUAGAAUUUGGUGGAAAGUCAAUUCACUAAUUUAAUGGAUUAGUGUAGGUCAGUUCUUAGGGUAAACUUUAAAAGGUGUAAGAGCUCCAGGCUAGAUUGGAACUUGUCCCUAAGUCAUAGUUGGGGAGUUUUUGUUUUAUUUUGUAAAAACACUCAUCUCACGUUUCCUAAAAAUGAAAUAAGGCAGCAAAAUAAUACUCAUCCAAGGAUUCUGGUUACUUGGGUUUUAUAGCUAACUAGGAUUUUAUUUUGGUUUUCCUUUCCCUUUCAUGCCCCCAAACAUUUAGGACUAAGAGAAUGAGGAGGGAGGCCCAGGCUGGAGGGCUCCUGGACAGGGUCUUGGGGGGACUUAUCUUUCCUGUACCCCCUGGGAUGUCACUGUGUUCACCCUUGGGGACACCAGGAAAUUUCAUAUGAAGGGACUUUGAUGGAACUCCCACAGGCCCUGCUUUGGUUUUGUGGAUAUCGGCUUUUCAGUGUUACGGGAUCCUUCUGCUUCAAAGUGAAACUAGGUCUGAAAUUUUCAAGCUCAAAAACUUCCAUAGGCAAAACUUUUAAUGGAAACAAAUUACUUUUUUAAAAUUGAAACAUUUGUCAAAAGCAAAUAUAGCUGCCAAGCCUGUGGAUUAUACAUUUUGGUUCCAAAGAGUGAUGAACCUCUGGUAGCCACAGGGAUGGGAGAUUUUCACACUGUUGUGAUUCUGAAGUCACCAACUUAACAACUGGAACCAAGCACAAUCCACGCUGUUCAGUGCCUUCUGACUGUCUGCUCACUCUCCGCUGGGUGCUGAAAAGCCCAGCCCACCUGUUGCUUAAGAUCCAGUACAUUAUUUUAGAAAAUAAGGUUUGUGGGUCCCUAGUGGUCUCUGUGGGCCAACUAGUGGGUCUGCUGGCAGCUUGGUAAUUUUAGAGGAAUAUGAAAUAGAAGAUCAAUUGUGAUUUUUGCAGCUAUCCCAUUGUAUUCUUAGUAACACUUUAUAGCAGAUAUACAUUUUAUCCCACAGCUCUGGGUGUGAGAAAUGUCGCCACCUUCUAUUUGUCUAAAUUUGAUUUCAUCUGCUUCACGCUACCUCUUCCUCCCUCUACCCACACACAGACCAGAUUUGGGGAAGGCCUUGGGAACAUUUGGGAAAACGCCCUCUCAACCUACCAUCUUGGCCUGAGAGUCUCUUCAAGGCAGACAGCUCCUCUGCUUCCGUGCAAAGGUGGACACGGGGGCUUUUCACUAGGGCCCCAGAAGCUCCAGCUCUUGAUGUUCAGUCCGUCCCGUAUCCCAGAGCUCUCCCACAGAGGCCCUGCCACCCUUGGAAAAGGCUGUGCAGGCCUGGGUUCCUGGCUUCUCCUUCUCUUAGGAUCCUCCAACCUCUUGCCUUCCCGGCUUGUGCCUCCUAAACUGCCCCGAUCCAGCUGUUUCUCCUCCCUCUCUGAGCUCCUUCCUCCCUCUUCCUCUGCCGCCUCCUCCCUUUAGUGAGCUUUAGAAACAUAAUGUUGGGUUCUCCUUCCUACAGCGGUGGAGAUGGGGUCAGAUGCCAACGCUGGUCAGCUUAGUUUUCAUGAUGAUGGUCUUAGUCCAUGCUGACUGCUGUAACAAACCACCAUAGACUGGGACAACAGAAACUUAUUCCUCACAGUUCUGGAGGCUGGGAAGGCCAAGGUCAAGGCACCAGCAGAUUUGGUGUCUGUGAGGGCCCACCUCUUGGCUCAUAGAUGGUUGUCUUCUUGCUGCAUCUUUACAUGUCACAGGGGCAAGGGAGCUCUCCAGGGCCCCUUUAUAAAGACACCAAUCCCUUCAUAAGGGCUCUGCCCUCCUGACCUAAUCACUUCCCAAAGGCCCCACCUCCUCAGACCAUCACCUUGGGGGUUAGGAUUUUAACAUGAAUUUGGAGGGAACAUAAACGCUCACUUCAGAGUAAUGAUAAAGUAUAUUGCCCAUAUGCUACAAGGACUGUCUUGGUCACUUUUCAGCUGACAUUUAAGUAAAAGAGUGUAAUUCUCUGCAACUAUGUUUUGUCUCAUUCACGUGUCAAUAUAUACAUAUGCUAGAUUUCCCUUUGCAACAAUGGUUGGAUCAGUUCAAAGUGGUUCAUUGACGUCCAAAAAAAGUGAAAAUAAUGCGUAAAUCCUAGAACUCAAGACAUAAGCAAGUGGUAAUAAUUAAGCUUCUACUGUGCCUGUGGAUUGUGAAUCUACAAGAGUCAUGAUUUUAUAAAAGCAGCCCCAAAAGGAAAAUACAAAUAGGAAAUAUAAUAAGGAACAUCUGAAGAUUCGAACUUAUUUGCACUGCAGAGGCACUGAACUCUGGCCUUUGGUAGUUGUCUGUUAACGGAAUUCUGUUAAAUAGUUUCCUCAUUUGUAAAUGCAGAUGAUAAUAGAACUUGCUUCAGGGUGGUUGUGAGGCAUAAAUGAGGUAAUACAUGUGGCAUGCUUGUGUACAUGUUGAUGUGCUGUCUGGGCUGUCAUUAUUAUAGUUCUCAAAAUUAUUAUUAUUAAUAUAAAACACAGCCAUCUCUCUAAGCCUAUCAGGUUUUUCCAGAAUGAAUUAAAAUAACAGUGCUUUGUUACGGAAAUGCUACAUUUGGUCAUUCAAGAUGGAGAAAUGGCCAAAAUUGUGGCAGUACCAUGAAUAGUUGUAAAAGUUGGUCCAAGUUACAAUCUGACCAAAUAAGCCAUAAAGUAAAUAGAAAAUAUAGUUCGAAUCAUGAAAUUGCCGUUUUUUAAUAGUCCCAGGUAGCGAAAUAUUAGAAAAUCCCCAUGUUUCUUCUCGACUUCAUGCUCAGAGGAAAAGCAGAGUUGAGCUGCUGGCAAAAUUCCUCUGCUGAGUGACAGCGUGGAGGCCAUGCGAAAUGAGUUGCAUGCGCCGUGAAGAGCGAUUGCGGUGUGCUGAAGCCACAGAUCACGGCGCUUCACACAGGUGGGUUGAGGGUCUGAAGAGGCGUUCAGUAACUGCCAGUAACUGGUUUCCUGUGCCUGCCUCCUUACCUCGAUUCACCCUGAAUUUGCUGUGCAGCCAGCCCCCUCGAUGGCAGCCUUGACACCUGGCGGCUAAAGAGGGCACAGUGCUUCCGCAUUCUCCCCACUGAAACCCAGGGGCCUCGCCCGUGGCUUACUGCCCUUUUGGUCCCAUCAUAUUCCCAACGUUAUUUCCUUUUGUUUGCCUAUUUGCAUAGUCUCUGCUCGAGCCAUUUGGAAUGUUCCCAUUUCUUGAACACCUCCAUGCACCCAUCCCUCAGCUCGCGCCCCUGUGCCUCCCCAUUCUCCACUUUUUGAGCUUAUGCCCAUCUUUCCUUGCCCAUCUCCAAUGCAACCGCACACACAAAGCCACCCCUUCUUUUCCAGUUGACUGCGCUCGCUGCCUCCUCUGAACCUCAAUCUCACUUUGCCAUUUUCUCCUCAUUGGUGAUCAUUAUCUUAGUCCUCUGUGUUCAGCAGUGACGUAUUUGUUUUACUCCAUCUGUUAGAGAAGGAGUCCCCAACGUUUUUGGCAUCAGGGACCAGUUUUGUGGAAGACCAUUUUUCCAUGGAUGGGGUGGGUGGGGAUGGUUUCAGGAUGAAACUGCUCCACCUCAGAUCAUCAGGCAUCAGAUUCUCAUAAGGAGCACACGACCUAGAUCCCUCGCCUGCGCAGUUGACAAUAGGGUUCUCACUCCUAUGAGAAUCUAAUGCUGCCGCUGAUCUGACAACAGGCAGAACUCAGGUGGUUAUGCUCACUCACCCAACCCUCACUUCCUGCCAUGCAGCCUGCUUCCUAGCCGGACACAAAUGGGUACUGGUCCACAGCCCGGGGGUUGGGGACUCCUGGGUUAGACGACAGCUCUCUGAGGGCAGGGGCUGAGUCUUGAUCACCAUCAUGAUUCUCCCACAUAGUAUGCUCGUGGUCAGUAGUUCUAAUGUUAAAGUUGGCCAGUGCUGUCCCCAUUACUCUAGGGCCCCUUCCCAUUCCAUGGCAGCAUUGCUGACUUCUUAUGGACUGGAGGCUCACAGGGCCUGGCUGGUAGGUGCUACUUACCCUGCCUGGGAGUCCUGACAGUAGCCCAGGGAGGUUCUUUUAAACUCGUGGCUACAUCGACUGUUGGGUUUCCUACAAGGAAGACCAUAUUUAGCUUUUGAAGGAGGCCUUCAGCUGCUACCCCAAGCAAGCCAGCUGCGAAUCACUGGCCAUGUUUUAACUUUCUGUGUUGUUGCUCCUUGUGUAUGGACUGAGAAAUGCAUUCAGCAACUCCUCCUUCUGUUAAUCCUAUUGCUACAUCUCCAGCCUUGAGAUUUGCCAAAUAUUGCUGAAUGAAACACUCAGAACAGCAUUCAGACAAGGCUUUGUGAGACUUUGAUGUGGUCUGAGAAAUUACGAGCUUUCCAUCCGUUGAUGGGGCUCCUGUUGUUUCCAUGUCACAGUCAGCAGAGCUGUGAUAGAAUCUGAGCAGCAGCAGCUCAGCUUUCUCCAGCGCGCCUUGAUGAACCAAAAUGGUUUUUUUUGUUUUAGCAGAGGCACGAUCAGCACAGAACCUGUAAGCACUUGCUUGUUCUCACUCACUUCUAUUCUUCCAUAUGUGCUUUUCCUGCAUUCUUUUAUUAGAGACCUGUUGGAUAUCAUCAUCUUGUUGCCAUAUUUGCCGAAAGGAAUGAAUGUGUCCGUGCAGUUUCCUGUUGAUCCCUGUCUGGAGUUAGCAGCACGGACCUACCCCAAGCUGAGCUGGCAAUGGGGUUUCACUCAUAAAAACGACUCCUCAUUACCAGUUGAGGACCAACCAUUAUUCCAAUAUUACAUGGAUUUGAAAAACAGAUUCAGCACCUGAGAAUAAAGUGGUACCAGGGCCUUUCACAAGCCGCUAAGCAUCUGAAAACCUUGGUGCUAGUUCAGGCUUCCCCACUUAGGAACACGUGGCCUAAGGGGAGGCGUAGACGGUUGCAACUGGAUCAGAGAUAUUGUAGAUAAUUCCUUACAGCCCAGGCCCACAGACUUGCUCACAGUCACCCAGAAUACUCUGGAGGAAAGCCAAAACUAGAGCUCAAGUCUGUGUGGGUCUAGUUUAGGACCCCGGGCAGCAUCAGGCUCCCUCUCAUUUCACAUUUUCCAACACUAGUGUCCUUGUGAGUGGAGCAUGAAUAAUACCUUUUCUGCCUCCCCAGGAGGGGAAGGGCAAAUCUGAGCAUACAUGCCAGUCUACUUUGAAAAUCCUGAAGCCCUACACUGCCAGUGUGGAGCAGCCACGUCCUUCCGUCCACGUGUCCAUCCCCGGCGCACAUCUCACAGAGCCCCAUCUUGUCCCUGGGUAGCCUCGGGGCCCCAGACAGGAUGAAUCUCAGGCCCUGCCAUCAGGGCCUCACAGUCCAAAACAGAAGGCCGGAGUUGAACAAGCAGCGGGGUGCCGCCGUGGGAGCCCAGGGAAGAAAGGCUUGGCUACUAAUUCCUUAUGGCUGUGGCAAAUAUCAUGGAAUCUUAGGGACUGCCUCACAGGGAAGGUGCCAUUGGAAUUGAACCUUGGAGAAUAAGCAAGAAUUCCCCCAGGUGGAACAGGUCAGAGGGGGCUGUUUUGGGUAGAAUGAAAACAUGUGGGCCUCAAAGUCAUGGUGUGGUUGUAGAACAGUGAACUGUCUGGGUGGUAGAAGGGCCGGGUAGCAGAGCUUUGUACAGCAUUGCCCUGGAGGUAAUGAUCAGUUAUUGUAGAAAAUAGCCCCUUAAUUUUGUGAGAAAUUUUCAUUCCUUAGAUUUGCCUGGGAGAUGGGAUUUCCUUAUGGGUUGAACCUAAAUCUUGCAUUGGAUGGAUUUUUCUUUUUUCUUUGUUUUAGCAUCAUUUCACUCUCUUAUCAGGAUGUGAGAUCCAAGGGGACCUGUCACUGGCCAGCUCACACAUUACUCAGGAAGUCCUACAUGAUCAGUGAGCUCCAGUUUGUCCUGUGGUCCCCUAGGCUGUGGGAGUCCACAGCUAUGGCCCCAGGCAGGUGUCCUGAAGGGAAUCAGGUGAAAAGGGGGCUCAGUCAUGGAAACUACUUCAGUUUCAUCCAGCAGAGAUCUGUAAGUGGCAACCGAGUGUAAAGCCUCUGGUCAAACCACUCAAAGCAGGCUUCCUGCUGAAGCUGAGCUCCUGACAAUCCCCCCAAAUCCUUCUACACCCCCACACACCCUUCCCUCACUUUAUGGUUUUUAGAGACACGGUUUUGCUCUUUUGCCCAGGCUGGAGUACAGUGGCACUAUCAUAGCUCACUGUAGCUGUGACCUCCUGGGCUCAAGCCAUCCUCCCACCUCAGCCUCCCGAGUAGCUGGGACUACAGGCAUGCACCACUUCACCCAGCUAAUUUUUAAAUUAUUUUUUGUAGAGACGGGGCCUCACUAUGUUGCCCAGGCUGGUCUUGAAAUCCUAGCCUCAAGUGAUCAUCCGGCCUCAGCUUCCCAAAUCAGAGACCCUUUCCCUUCUUAAAGAUGAAUAUAUUAAUUAACUCUAAAGCCAGGGUUGCUGGCCCUCAUCUGUCUUAAUGGGCCACUUCCUCCCUUGUCGUGAACAACAGUAAACAGGUCUUGAAGAAGCUCCAUGUCUGAAACAAGGAGUUCCACGGUCAUUUAUGGUUGCUUCACUAAUUAGAAGUCUUUUUUAAUGAGGAGAAACAUUUUCAUUUCUCCAAGGGCUUUGUUGCUUUGGGUGGGCCAGAAGGUGUGGUUGGUGGGAGGUGUGGAAUGAGACUGAAGGUGGGGGUGAGGCCAUAGAUGCUGAGACUGGACCUUACCCUCAGGACAGUGGAGGCCUGGCAGGUGGGCCCGAGCAGAGGAGGGCAGUGCCUCUCCUUGGCACCUUUUCCAUCCCAGCUGCACCUGCCCUCACAGCUGGUUGAAGGAGGACAGAGAAUGUGGUCUCAUUAACUCACUUGGUGAUGGCUUUGUGGUUCUUACUGCAAACUACAGGUAAAUCUGCCAGUUGGAGGAACUCUGAUGUACACAGUGAGCUGCUUGAAGAAAAUUUUCUUUGCACUCACCUUUGGAAAGUAUUCUUUCCUUUAGUAUAAGGUUCCUGGAUUUAAAAAAAAAAUUGUUUGCACAUCUUUAAAGCCUACCUCACUGUUUUAGAAGGAAAGUUUCUUAAGAUCAGAAGACAAUGACAUUGAGACCAAGAAGAAAAUUAUGGUCCCCUGUUGAUGUUCCAAGAGGGUGUGUGUGUGUGUGUGUGUGUGUGUGUGCACGCGCGUGCAUGUUGUGGGGGGGGUGGGGUUGUGGUGUAUGUGUGUGUGUGUGCGCGCGCGCGUGUGUGUGUGUGAGAUUCUGAUGUAGUGGAGCUGAAGGAAAGAUACUGAGCAGAGGCCCGGGGGCAUUCCCAGCCCUAUUCUCCACCUUCCACCCUUGUUAGCCAAGUGGGUUUUCAAGCUCUUGGUGAGUGCUCAUAUUAACCAGCACUUCUUAGCUUGCCCAGGAUGAGGGGAUCUCCUGCGAAACUAAUCGUUCUCCUGGGCUCUUGAGGCUACUUGUGCUGCCACGCAUAUCACUUCUAUGGGCCAUUUUCAUUUAAAACCCGUGGUGGCUGCUGGCCAACGCAGACCCUUGUCUCCUGAGAAGAGUGGUUGGGCCUGCCCAGCAGCCCUCCCCGCAGCCACCUUCUGAUGGUCCUGGAGAGCAAGUAGGAAGGCCUUUGGCUUUCAGAGCCUCUCAGUCUGAUGCAUUCCCAUUUUGCACCACCAGCAACCUCAUAUGUGAUAGAGACAGAUGAGCGCCACUGUACAAUGCUGCAUGGUCCAAGCCACGUCCCUCCCUUGGUCAGGAGAUUCACUGUGGGUCACUGACUGUGAUGAGACUACUUAGCAUCCCAGGAAAGUCAGUCUCAUUGCUAAAUGGGACCCUUUGUGUAGUAAAUGUUGGAGUCAAUUAGAAGUUCUACUCAGGCCAAGUUAGAGUCACAAGGACUGGAUUUACCUUCCCAUCUUAAACAACUAAAAACUAGGCAAAAUAAGUGCAACAAGGGUUUUCAGACAUUGGACAUAGAGUAGUCCAGGACGGUGGUCGCUGAGAGGGACAGCAAUGGAGGUGAGCCCUGCGGCUUCCCCCGCUCACUGCCCGGGGGGCUUCCUAGGCCACAGCACAGGGAGGGGACCCCACACAAAGCCCAGGAGUCUCUCAAUUCACAAGACAGAGAUAGGAAUCUGGGACGCGGAAGCAUCUGUAAUUCUCAAGGCAGAGUGCCAGACAGGCGAGAGCUGCCCAGAGAGAGGGCUCUGGAUUUCCGGAGAGGAUCCCCCGGUCCUCGGCUGGGCACUGAUCGAUAUAUGGGUGAGCAUAGGGGCUCACGUGGCAACUGCGGAAAAAACUCCAGAAAGGACAGGCAGAAAAAUCUCUGAGCUCAUGUGCAUCAGGGAAUAGUUUGUGCUCCCAGCAGCCACGGGAGGAUGAACUUUGGGUAUGAUACUCAGAAGGGUAUUACUUCAAUGGUGGUGAACAAACAGCCCUGGACUGAAAGCUGCUAACAGCUUAAAAAGCAAGUCUACAAGUCUUCUUGGAGAAGUGAUUGAUUCUAGGACUGGGCCAGGAAAUAUAUAAGCCAAUAGUUAAUGCAGUAAUAAUAUAAUACAAAUAUCUCAUAAUGCCAGAAAAUAAGAAAGUGCUCCCAAAAGGCCACAAUAUUGGGGAAUGGGGGAAUGUCAAAGGGGAACAGGAGCCAACUGAAAGAGUUCCAACAGCCAGACUGGAACACGUAAGAAGCAAAAUAAACAAUAGAGUGCUGGAUUAUAACACAAAGUAUAAAAUAAAAAUCCAUCCGAUUAUACCAAUAUAAAUGAAUGCCGGAUGGAUGAAUGAAUGAAUGAAUGAAGAGAGAAAUCUCCCAUGCAGAGGAAUUCCAAGUAAUUCAUACUCUUCCCCCAACAAGGUGGAACAUAACUCCCCACCCUUUAGUGUGGGCUAUAUAUAGAGGCUUCCUUCCAGAGAGGACGGGUUGGAAAGGGAGGAAAGAAAGUAACUUCACAGUGGAGGAAGCUGACGACCACUGCUUCCACCACGUGACCAAGGCCAACGUCAAGAGUGAAGCCAGGCUGACAGUAUGUCCCCUUGCUUUGGUGUGAUGAGAAUGGUACUCAACCUCUGCGAUCUUCCACAAAAAAGAAUCCCAUAACCCCGGUCUAAUCGCAAGGGGAAAAAAUCAGACACAUGUCAAUAGAGGGCCAUUAUGCAACAUUCCUGACCAAUGCUCCUCAAAAUAGUCAAUGCCACCCAAACCAAGGGAAGUCUGAGAAGGCGUCACAGCCAAGAGAGCCUGAGGAGGCAUGACAACUAAAUGCAGUGUGGGAUCCUGGACAAGAAGAGGACAGCAGGGGAAAAGUGAGGGAAUCUGAAUAAAGCGUGGAUGCUGGUGAAAAUAAUGUAGUGACGUUGGUUCACUCCUUCUGACUAACAUAUUCGUGUACCAGGCUAAUGUGUGAUGUUAAUAUCAGGGGAACCUCAGUGGGGGAAAUAUGGGGACUCUGCAGUAUCUUUCCAAUUUUUCUGUAAAUCUAAAGCUUCUAAAAUAAAAAGUUUAUUAAAAAGUAAUUAUAUAAACUUAAUUACAUAAUUAAAACAAAGGCAAUAAAUAUUCUUUAAAGCGUUCACUUUACCAGAUUAUUUUAAAUAUUAAAAAAAUACCAAAAUGAAACAAAAUACACAGCACAGCUGAAGUAGCUACCUCCCCCUUAUUCUUUACCUCCUUCUCCUUCCCGUCCUCACUAUGACAGCCCUUCCUAAUAUCACAAGUGAUGUUAGUGGCUCCAUAGAGUGACAUAAUGAAUUUAGAUUGAAAAACCUGAGUUACUUCAUUACAAAAAUAAAUCAGGCCACUCAGUGCCUUCAGCUUGAGCUGUCCCUUAAGAUAAGCAGUCAGCCUGUCCAGGACCCUUUUGCUUUCCAGGCCUCCCAGUCUCUCGCGAGUGGCAAGUGUCCAUGAGGGAGUGGGUAGGUCUGGGUACCUGGCAUGGACCUCCACGGCUUCUGCACCCACCUUUUAGAACCACCGUUUCCCCUACUGUGCACCUGCUGUUCACUUUCCAUCUCCUCAGCAACUCGGAAAUGUAGACGCUUCCUGUUUCUCAUGUGAGACACACAGGGCUAGGAGAAGUGAAUUCACUCCCCUACUUACAAAGCUGGAAAGCGACAGAGCCAAGCUUCCAACUAAGGCACGUCUGAUCAUAAAGCCCGCAGUCUUUCUGCUGCAGCAACUGCCUGUCUUCCAGCUCCCUCCCAACCUGUCCCAGUCCUUGCCACCCUUGCUUUGUAAUCCUGAAUGGCUUGGCCUAGGGAGCUCCUGCACUCACACUGCCAAAUCACUGCUCUGUAGCUGCUGUGGUCACACAGACACAGUCAGGCAUGCACAGAGGAACCUGUUACUAAUGCUUAGUCCUGAAGCUCACACAGUAGACGCACCUACCUGUAUCUAAAAUGGAGUGUACAAAAAGCGUACCUGUAGAACUUUCACUGUCACCGUUGUGAUCCUUCCAUCUGAUAAGCUUUCUGGAAGUAAGAGAAAGAGCCAUGUUACAAUGUACAGUGUGUGCCCUAGCUUAUCCUGACCUUUGCCUCCAGUGUGCAGUCACAAACCUUUAAUGGUCCUGGCAAUUUGGCAUUAUGGUGGAGCUGCUGAUUUGUGAUUUUGUCUUUAAACUUUUACUCUCUUUAACUUGACCUGGAAAUGGAUACAUGUGACAGGGAAGAAGGCAAGUUAUACACAGUGUAUAUCAGGUUACACUAUGUACCUAGAGGUGGUAGCAUUUUGGUUGUAAAACAUCAGUGUCAAUGUUGUAUCUGGGCAAAGUAAUACAGUACCCAGUUCUAUUUCAAUUUCCAAACCAGAGGAAUACAAAGAGCUUAUGCAAGUCAAUUGUAAAAUCACUACUUAUUCUGGCAAAUGCUUAAAAAUGUGUGAAUUCUGGAUAUUAUCACAGAAAAGUGAAGUUUAUUUCUGGCUCAUUCUUUUGUAGGACAUACUUGCUCACUUUACAAAAGGAAUAGAGGUCUGGACACGUUGACGCUUAGGAAAAUAAAUUAACACCACCUGUAUUUUUCACUAUAAAUGACAACCUCUUACUCUUGUAGCAUAGCAAAUGCAGGCACCCACAGAAAUUCAGGACUCCAGAUUGCUUUGCUAAUCCUGGUGUGUCCAUGGGCAGGUCUUGCAUGUGAGUGAGCAUUGCUCAAGGUGCAAAGAGCACCGCUAAGCAGCACCGCAGAGCUUUCAAAGGGGCUUUUGCAUAUUUGCACAGGCCAUUGUUGCAGACAGGAGGGUGGUGCUUUGAGCAGGAGCCCCAGGAUGAUUCGGCCCAGGUGUAACAUGGCCCCUCCCCAGCCAAGUGGCAGCCCCAGAGAACAGUGGAAAAGCAUAUUGCCAUCUUGCUCUACUGUGUUCUCCGAAGACAUGAAAUUUAGUCCAUAUGUUUAAAUCUCUCUUUGGCUGAUUGCCUUGUGCAGUUGAUACAUAUAGUACAACAAAAUAAAAUUAAAAAAUAAAUCAGUUUGGGAGCAAACUUGAAGGGGAGAAAAUGCUGCAGCCCUGUGCAGAGAGCACAUGUGAGCAUCUUAAACACGCCAUUGUGUGUGUGUGUGAGUGCGCGUGUGUCGAGCUUUGCUUUCAGAGUGCCAUUUAUAAAAUAUUUAUCAUAGUUUCACUGAUGAGGUUCAAAAAGAGCCUUUGUUAUUGACAAGGAGCCAAAGCACUUUGCUAGUUUAGGAGGCCAUCGUUGGGUUGCAAGAGUGAGGACCCAGGCAGAAGGCAAUGUUGGGAUCCAGGGGACAGGGGGCAGGUCUGGUAAUGUCAGGAACAGCACACAGCUGCCUCCAGUCUUCUAAUGGCAUCGCCAAUGGGAAGGGUCUGGAAGGACAAUCCAUGGGAUUUAUUAUCCUUUGCUGUCCCCGCAUGUAUGGCCCUGGGGAGGAGGAGUCAGGCCCUCUGGCACAGAGCCCAUGAAUGUGGCUCAGUUGGUCUUCUUCUAGCUCUUGCUGCUACUCCUACAUUUUCAUCUAUAGCCUAAAAUCACAGAGAAAACAAACUUAUUAAGUCACAAAAAAAAGAACCUUUUGAAGAUAAGGAGCAUCAUAAAAACUAAAAAGGUUAGAGCCAACAAAGGAAGACUUUUGUGAGCCUCUACUAGGUUUCCCUAAUGACCGUGGUUUCUGAGGGAGAUGCUGAAGAAAUGGGCACUCCUGAAGGAGCUGACCCAAAGCAAGCAGAUGAGAGUAACAAAACUUCACGUCUGGCCAGGCGCGGUGGCUCAUGCCUGUAAUCCCAGCACUUUGGGAGGCCGAGGUGUGUGGAUAACCUGAGGUCAGGAGUUCGAGACCAGUCUGGCUAACAUGGUAAAACCCCAUGUCUACUAAAAAUACAAAAAUUAGCUGGGUAUGGUGAUGGGCGCCUCUAAUCCCAGCUGCUGAGGAGGCUGAGAUGGGAGAAUCGCUUGAACCCAGGAGGUAGAGGUUGCAGUGAGUGGAGAUCGCGCCACUGCACUCCAGCCUGGGCAACAGAGCGAAAUUUCAUCUCAAAAAUAAAAAAUAAAAACAAUUUGAUGUCCAGUGAACAUUUUACAUGUGCAGGACACUCUUCUGUGUGCCUUAAAUAUAUCAACUUCAUUUAACUUGUGCACGCCCAUAUUACUAUCCUCAUGUUACAUUUGAGAGAACUAGGAUUCGGACUGGUUAAAUAUCUUGCCCAGGGUCACACAGCUCAUAAUUUUGAGAGUGAGGAUUUGAUCCAGGGGGUCUGAUGAUAGAGCCUACACAUUUAAAAACUUUCAACACAUGGAUUUCACCUGUACCCCUGCCCACACCCUCCCCAGCAUGCUUUUUUCAAAGCAUACAACUCACUGGCUUUUCGUAUAGUCACAGAGUUGUGCGUUCAUCGCCACAGUUGAUUUUAAAACGUUUUCAUGACCCCGAAAGAAGCCCAAGACCCCUCAGCAAUCACCGCCCUUUCCCUGCCACUGCCCCCAGUCUCCUUGUUCCUGACACCACAGCCCCAGGAAACCCCUGAUCUACUUGCUGUUUCUACAAUUUACUUAUUCUGGACAUUUGUAUAUAAGGAAUCAUAUAAUAUGUGGUCUCUUGUGUCUGGUUUCUUUUACUCAGCAUAAUGAUGUCAAGGUUCAUUCAUAUUAUAGCAUGUAUCAAUAUGGCAUUCCUUUUUAUUGCAGCAUAGUAGUUUAUUGUAUGAAUAUGCCAUACUUAUCCAUUCAUUAUUUGAUGGACAGUUGGACUGCUUUCACAUUUUGGCUAUUUAUGAUGCUGCUAUGAACAUUUAUAUAUGUUUUUCUGUAGACUAACUUUAAUUUCUCUUGGGUGUAUGCCUAGGAGUGCAGUUGCUGAAUUACACAUGAUAACUAUGUUUAACCAUUUAAGGAAUUACCAAACUGUUUUCCAAAGUGGCCACACUGUUGUAUAUUUGUACUAGAGUGUAUGAGGGUUCAAAUUUCUCCACAUCCUCACCAACACUUGUUAUUAUCUCUUUUUUAUUAUAGCCAUCCUAGUGGGUACAAAGUGUUACCUCAUUCUAAUUUUGAUUUGCAUUUUUCCCUGAUGGCCAGUAAUAUUGAGAGUUUUUCAUGUGCUUAUUUUUCCAGCUAUUCUUUUGAAGCUAAUUUGGGAUGUCAUUUCAUCUAUAAAUACUCAUAUAGUAUACCUAUAACAGGAUAAAGACACUUUUAAAGAACAUAACUGCAAUAUUGCUAUCACUACCUUAAAAAAGUCUCUAAUUAUUACAUAUAGAGUGCUCAGAUUUUCUUGUUUUCCAUGUUUGUCUCAUACUUAAAAGAAAAUUAAUUGGUUUAAUCUAGAUCCAAACAAGGCCCACACUUACAUUUGGUUAAUAUUUAUCUUGGGGGUCUUGUUUUUUUUCCAGCUCAGGGGACCCCCCCCUACCCAUUCCCCUGAGCUUGAAAAACAAAACAAAUCCCCAAAAUGUUGUUCCUCUGCUCUCAUUCCACAACAAUCAACACAGAGGACUUCUGUGGCCAGAUGUGCAGGGAUUUCUCCCUGCCAACAAGCAAGCAAUCAGUUCUGCAGCAAACACCAGCAGGUGUCCUCCAAUUCAGUUCUGACACUGUCUACCUGGAGGGCCCACAGGUUGAGGGCUCUAUCUCACCAGACUGCUUCCACUUAAGAUGCCUUCACAAGCCUCAGCUGGCUGUAAUUCAGGGAACCCACAACUCCCUCCUUGGGUUUGAUUAAUUUCCUAGAGCAGCUUACAGAACUCAGAAACAUGCACCAACAUCUACUGGCUUAUUUUGAAGGAUAUAACAAAGGAUACAGAUGAAGAAGUGCAGAGGGCAAAAUAUGGGGGAGGGGGAAUGGAGCUUCCAUGCCCUCUCUGGGUACACUACCCUCCAGGAACCUCCACAUGCUCAGCUAUCUGGAGGUUCUCUAUACACCGUUCUCCCAAAGCUUGUGUGGAAACUUCAUUGGAUAGGCAUGUUGAAGCAUGGACAACCAGGUAGAUAUGUGAUUGGACAAAAAGGGUGUGAUCUAAUACUAAUAGACUGAGUGGGGAACCCAGCAAGUCCUGUCUCUUCAGAUACUUCUUCGUCUCUCUGUGCAGCAUUCCUUCCCCGUGGGAUGAGGCAGGGCCCCUUCAGAAAUGGGGAACUUAUAACCUACAGUCAGACAAGGUAGAUAAGAGAAAUGUGGGGGUAGAUUAGAGUCCUGCCUUGGGGAGAAAAAGGAGCAGGGAAAAAGAAGGUAGAAGGUCAGAGAGAGAUUCUGUUUUCUAAGGCCUGCAUCUGAGACCUAAAGUGCCCCAAUGUUGUAACAAAAGACUGUAACAAAGGUCGUGGGAGUUAUGAGCCAGGAACUGUGGAUAGAAACAUAGAUAUGUAUAUGUGUGUGUGUGUGUGUGUGUGUGUGUGUCUAUGUAUAUCUCUCUCACAACCCCCUCUCUAGCCAUUCUGUUGUUUUUGAAGAAACUGGGUUGUUGGCCCUGUGCAAUUUCCCAUGUUUGGAAUUUUGCCAGUUGUAUCCCCGUGGUGUCAUUUAACAUGUUCUUCUAUCCUCUGUAUUGCCUGAAAACUAGUAGCUGAAUCUAGAGGCUUGAUCAGAUUUAAGUUCAUUUGGUUUGGGUUUUGGCAAGACUACUUCAUGAGUGGUGUAUCUACUUACUUCCAUAUAUCUCUCCUUUCAUGCUAUUGAGAUUGAUCAAUAGAUUCAGGUGUUGUUAACUGAAUAUAUUUAAUUAUAAAAUUCCCCCAUCAGCUUUUUACAUAAUAUAUUCCACAGCCAUUGAUGAGCACUGCCUAAGUCCAUUAUCCAUCAGGGAGCUGGCUUUCCUCAUAACUCUAGUAAAUGCCUCCUAAGAAUGCAACAGUGCUUUUUCUACCAUGCCCUAGUUCCCUCAUAUUGCAAAGGCAUGAAAAUGAGAAGGUAUCAGCCAUAUAUAUACACACACACACACACACACACAGAGUCUCACUCUGUCGCCCAGGCUGGAGUACAGUGGCGUGAUCUCUGCUCACUGCAACCUCCAUCUCCCAGGUUCAAGUGAUUCUCAAACCUCAGCCUCCUGAGUAAUGGGAUUACAGGCGUGUGCCACCACGCCUGGCUAAUUUUUGUAUUUUUAGUAGAGAUGAAGUUUCACCAUGUUGGCCAGGCUGGUCUGGAACUCCUGACCUCAAGAGAUCCACCUGCCUCAGCCUCCCAAAGUGCUGGGAUUACAGGUGUGAGCCACCAUGCCCGGCCAGUAUCAGCUAUUAAAGGGCCAUUUUAUUUUUGUAUUAAUUAUGUAAUAAUUUACUUAACCCUUCCAUGCUAGACUGAAAACUUCCCAAGGGCAGGCACUAGGUCUGUCUUGCUAGUUCUCAGUGCCCACCCACCCCCAACUGGGCCCAUGGUGGGAUCUUGCUAAGUAGUUGCUGAGUAAAUGAAUCAGGUACUUGUUACUGAAUACCCUUUUUGAAGAUUUCCUGUGAUACAAGUGUUGGCGGCAUUUUUGCUGAUAGCUUUUCAACAACUUCCCUAUUUUCAGACAAUGCCACUGUUCAACAGUAAACCGGGUGAAACAGGCUGUAACUUACAUAUACACACAAGAGACAUUUGAAAUAUCAAAUUUAAGCCUGGCAAUUCAGAAUGCAAGCUCAUUUUUUUUUUUAAACCAAAGCCUCUUUUACCUAAUUGAGCCAGAAAAUAUGUGGCCCUUUUCCCUCCCAAUUUGCAGCUUCAGUUCUCCUUGACUGAGUAGCUAAUGGAAGAUGGGGCCUGUUCCUGCUCUGCUUGUGAAAUCUGACUCUCAGCCCGAGGCUGUGUGGCUUCAUAUUCUGGAUCUGAAAACAAAAUGCUUUUAUUUGAUCCUGGCGUAUUAAAUUCAGGUUAGGUGUGUUGCAAAACAGGGAAAUGUUAUCUAGAAUCUUCCUGCUAAUACUGAAUCUUUGGUUCUUCUGAGCCACUGUGUCUCACCAGUCUUCCUGUGGAAGAUGGCGGGAAUGUUUCUAAUCCCACUUUGAGCCUGAGUGCUUGCACCUUAUGCAGAACAAAUCACAAUUCGUAUCAUAGUCAGGAUCUGAGAUUUGUCUCUCACCUCACUCCCUCUCCUACGGAUUUAGUUAUGCUCAUCUGAAGUAAAGGCUGCCUGACUGGGUGCAGUAGCUCAUGCCUAUAAUCCCAGCACUUUGGGAGGCUGAGGCAAGAGGAUAGCUUGAGCCCAGGAGUUCAAGACCAGCCCGGGCAACAAGGUGAGAUCCCCUCUCUACAGGAAAUUUAAAAAUUAGCUGGGUCUGGAGGCACACACCUAUGGUCCCAGCUACUUGGGAGGCUGAGGUGGGAGGAUCUCUUGGGCUGAAUGGUCAAGGCUACAGUGAGCUGGGAUCACACCACUACACUGCAGCCUGGGUGACAGAGUGAGGCAAGACCCUGUCUCAAAAAAAAUUUAAAAAAAAGGAAGAAGAAAGAAAAAGAAAGGAAAGAAAGAGAGAAAGAGAGAAAGAAAGAAAA